CCAACUGUUUAUCAUGCAGCCGUCGUUAUAUUCCUUGAAUUUUUUGCUUUUGGAUUGCUUACAUCCCCAAUGAUUUCGGUCUUGGAUGAAGCAUUCCCAAAACACACUUUUCUGAUGAAUGGAUUAAUUCAAGGUGUUAAAGGAUUUCUUUCCUUUCUCAGUGCCCCUUUAAUCGGAGCCCUAUCUGACAUAUUGGGGAGGAAACCUUUCUUAUUCCUGACAGUUACAUUCACUUGUUCCCCCAUUCCGUUUAUCAAGCUAAGCCACUGGUGGUAUUUCACUAUGAUUAGCAUCUCCGGAAUAUUUUCAGUUACCUUUUCUGUCGUUUUGGCAUUUGUUUCGGAUGUAACGACUGUCGAAAAUAGAAGUUGGGCUUAUGGACUUGUGUCAGCAACGUUCGCUGCCAGCUUGAUUGUCUCGCCAUCCCUAGGGGCCUUUCUGGAGAAGGCCUAUAGCGAGAAUUUUGUCAUCGUGCUGGCCUCUCUAAUCGCCUUUGCGGACAUCGUCUUCAUCCUCUUCUGUGUUCCCGAGUCCCUGGAAAGUAAAAAGCGCUGGACAAUCACCUGGGAUAAAGUCGAUCCAUUUGGUGCCCUGCGUCACAUCAGUCGCGACCGCCUCACCCUGCUCGUCUGCAUGACUACCUUUCUCUCCUACCUCCCCGAGGCCGGCGAAUACUCCUGCUUCUUUGUCUACCUUCGACUGGUGAUAGGAUUCAGUGAGGAGAAUGUCGCCCUCUUCAUCGCACUCUGCGGCCUAGUCUCGUGUUUUGCUCAGACGUGCGGUCUCGGCCUCCUCAUCACGUGUUUCGGCUCCAAGCACGCCAUAAUCGUCGGCCUGGCCUUCGAGGCCUGCCAGUUGGCCAUGUUUGGCUUCUUCAGCUCGGCCUGGGUUCUCUGGUCGGCGGGCUGCGUGGCCGGCCUCGGCAGCAUCACCUACCCGGCGCUCAGCGCCUUCCUCUCUAACCACGUCAACGCCGAUCAGCAGGGACUCGCGCAGGGACUUCUUACGGGAAUUCGCGGUCUCUGUGGUGGCCUUGGUCCGGCCGUCUACGGCUUCAUUUUCUUCAUUUUCCAGGUAAACAGACACUUGCAAAUGUCAGGCUUCUGCAACAGAGUAGCGUCCGUUCACAAGAUUUCUAAAACAAUGAAACCACCGAUCAAGAGAGUGUGA